AGAAGAGCGGCGGGGAGGGGGGCGGGGUGGCGCGCCGGCCUCGGGCCGAAGAAGAAUCCGAGGAGAGAGGGAGCGCGGGCCGGGCCGGGCGUGGGUCCCUGGCUGUAGUAGAGGAGAGAGAGAAGGAGGAAGAAGAACAAGACGAUCCGGGUCCGCGGAGGGCCCGCGCCAGCCGCCACGAUGCAGGAGCUCAUCGCGAGCGUGGACCACAUCAAGUUCGACCUGGAGAUCGCAGUGGAGCAGCAGCUCGGAGCUCAGCCGCUGCCCUUUCCCGGCAUGGACAAAUCGGGGGCUGCUGUUUGUGAAUUUUUUUUGAAAGCUGCCUGUGGAAAAGGGGGGAUGUGCCCGUUCCGUCACAUUAGUGGCGAGAAGACUGUUGUGUGCAAACAUUGGCUUCGAGGACUGUGCAAGAAGGGAGACCAGUGCGAAUUCCUGCAUGAGUAUGAUAUGACCAAGAUGCCUGAGUGUUACUUCUACUCCAAAUUCGGGGAGUGCAGUAACAAAGAAUGUCCCUUUCUCCACAUCGACCCGGAAUCCAAGAUCAAAGAUUGCCCUUGGUAUGACCGAGGCUUCUGCAAACAUGGUCCCCUCUGCAGGCACAGGCAUACCAGGAGAGUCAUUUGUGUGAAUUACCUUGUCGGAUUCUGUCCAGAAGGGCCUUCCUGUAAAUUCAUGCACCCUCGAUUUGAGUUGCCCAUGGGGACCACGGAACAGCCACCCCUGCCUCAGCAGACACAGCCUCAGACAAAGCAAAAUAACAAUCCACCAUUACAAAGGUCGUCCUCCUUGAUCCAGUUAACGAGUCAGAACUCUUCUCCCAAUCAGCAGAGAACCCCGCAGGUCAUUGGGGUCAUGCAGUCUCAAAACAACAACGUGGGCAACAGGGGACCCCGGCCGUUGGAGCAGGUCACGUGUUACAAGUGUGGUGAAAAAGGACAUUAUGCCAACAGAUGCACCAAAGGACACUUGGCUUUUCUCAGUGGACAGUGAUGUGUGCUCACCAAAGACAGUUCGCCUGAGGAGCCAUUUUUCUCCCCCGUGGCUAUUGUGCUGGGGAGAGCUCAUCCCACCACCGUCCCUUGGAUCUGUGACUUGUUUAAUGCCAAUGUUGACAAAACUAGGGUUAGAGGCUGGCUGAAGGGUUUUUCUUUUCUAAAAAAUUUUUUGAGGGUUAGGGGUUGCUAGUUUCCCUAUUAUUUUGUUUUCUUUUUUAAAAGAAAUAUGCUAUUUGGUGCCUCUGAGGGUGAUGCCCUCAGCUGGUGUCACAUGCCUGUCAUUGAACUCAACAAGCCCAUUUGUUAAAGGCUUGGUUGUUAAUGAUGUUUUUGAAAGACAAGUGGCCUUCUGUGGUCUCUGACCUGAGUAAGUGACCUAAGUGACCUGAGUAAGUAGGAAAGGUCUCUUAGGUCACUUAAAACCUGGCUUUCUGCUGAAUUCAGAAGGAAUGCCUAUGAUACAGUAGUCAGUCCUUAUAGGAAACUUGAUUUUUGCCUCACGCUGGUCCAAGCAGUAAGAAGUAAACAGCAGUUCAAAGGAAGGAUACAAAGAGUCCGAGUCAGGUGCUCAUUUAGAUUAGGGUCUAUUUCUGCUUGGGGUGUCAAGUUUAAUUUAACAACACUGAGUACAACUUCACAGGACACUUAAGUCAGAGCCACAGGUUAUCUGUUUUAAUUGAUAACCCAGUUGGCAAGAAAAUGUUAUAUCUCACCUGUAUGUAUGUUAUACUUCAUGUUGUAUUAUGCCUCCUUAUUGCUUAGGUGCUGUUGGAAUGUGAAGGAAACCACCAUGUAAUUGAAUAUGCUGUUGAAACUCUGUGAAACUAUCAAAUGCAAUUUUCAGGGAAAAUGGGCCUAUGGAAAGUUUAAUUGCAACAAUUUUUAUGAUUUUGAUUAAAGCCUUUUUAAAAAAUUA